UGUUUUAUUUUCAGCGUGACACUUUAACUGUAGCUUCUAAAGUAAAAUACCUUCGUGAAUACAGUACUGACUGACCGUGAAGCUGGACAAGUUAAAACAGUUGGGUGGCGCCUUAACGUCAAGUCUCGCGCGCUUUAUGCUAAUCAGCGCGAGCCGUUUGGAGGAGAGCUGCGCGCGCCCCAGCAGCAGUUUCCAGCUGCGCUCGUGAACGGGACCGUUCGUCUCUGCUCAGCUUUGGUCCCCCGGUGUCGCUGCCUCCUCCUCCGGACAGAAACUCCGUCACAGUGCGCUCGGUUCUCCUGCAUCUUCGUCCAAAGUCCUCGCUUUAACGUUCGCCUGCCGGUUUUUCUCCGGCUCCCCGCCGACUGCUUCGGGAGCGCAUCGCCAGUUCUGGUUCUGCUCCCUUCCUCAUUUUAGGAGUUUCUCCAGGCUCCAGUUCCUGUGGAUGUUUUAUCUGUCCCCCUGGUCCGGGUCCUUCGGUAACUGUUUCGGACAUGGGUCGGAGUGUGCUGGUCCCGGUUCUGCUGUCAGCUAUCUGUGUUGGACUCGCGGCGGGAGUACCGGACGGACCGGACGUUCAAGUGAUUGACGUGCUGAGUCUUCAGGACUCAAAGCAGAGCGUUGCGGCGGUGGAGAAGCUGUCAGGUGGUCUGAGCGCGCUCAGUGACGUCUACGUGGCAUCGACGUUUCGGCUGCCGGCGAAGUUGGGCGGAGUCCUGGUGGGUGUCUACAGCAAGCAGGACAACAGGAAGUAUCUGGAGGUCGCCGUCAUGGGGAAGAUCAAUAAAGUCCUGGUUCGUUAUGUCAGAGCCGACGGGAAGAUCCACACUGUUAACCUCCAAAAUGCUAACCUGGCCGACGGCCGGACUCACUCCAUCAUCUUGAGACUCGGUGGCCUUCAGCGUGACAACAUGCUCACGGAGCUCUACGUCGACUGCCGAUUGGUCGACUCCAACCAGGGUCUGCCGCCGCUGGUCUCUCUGCCCAGAGAGGCAGAAAUGGUGGAGAUCAGACACGGACAGAAGGCCUAUGCCCGACUGCAGGGCGCAGUGGAGUCCCUCAGACUGGCUCUAGGGGGCAGUGUUGCCAAAGCCGGAGCUCUUACAGACUGUCCGUUCCAGGGAGACUCGUCAGCCUACAACUCAGUGAGCGGAGAGGUCAACUCCAUCCUGGGUGACCACACCAAGGCUCUGAUUGGUCAGCUCAUCAUCUUCAACCAGAUCCUGGGAGAACUGCGACAGGACAUCAGAGAGCAGGUCAAAGAGAUGGCUCUGAUCAGAAACACCAUCCUGGAGUGUCAGGUUUGUGGUUUCCACGAGCCGCGCUCGCGCUGCUCUCCCAACCCCUGCUACAAGGGCGUGUCCUGCGUGGAGAGUCUGCAGUAUCCCGGUUACACCUGUGGACCCUGUCCACCCGGAACCAUCGGCAACGGGACGCACUGCCGCGACGUGGAUGAGUGUGAGCUACAGCCAUGUUUCUCUCCUGAAGCCUGUGUCAACACUGUUGGGGGGUUCAGCUGUCAGCCCUGUCCUCCUGGCCUGUGGGGGGCGCCACUCGCUGGAACUGGACUGGACUAUGCCAAAAUACACAGACAGGAAUGUGUGGACAUUGACGAGUGCUUGGAGCUUCCAGAUGCUUGCGUGUCAAACUCAGUGUGCAUCAACACUGUGGGCUCAUAUAAAUGUGGAGGCUGUAAACCCGGUUUCCUCGGUAACCAGACCUCAGGCUGCUUCCCCAGGAAGUCAUGUGCUGCUCUGGCCUUUAACCCCUGUGACACCAACGCCCACUGCACCAUGGAGAGGAACGGGGAGGUCGCCUGCAGGUGUAACGUGGGCUGGGCUGGUAACGGUCACACAUGUGGAGUGGACACAGACAUCGACGGCUAUCCCGACCGCUCGCUGCCCUGCAUGGACAAUGACAAACACUGCAAACAGGACAACUGCAUGUUGACACCAAACUCUGGUCAGGAGGAUGCCGACAACGACGGGAUUGGAGAUCAAUGUGACGAGGAUGCAGAUGGAGAUGGCAUCAAAAACGUGGAGGAUAACUGCCGUCUGGUACCAAACAAAGACCAGCAGAAUUCAGACAGCGACUCGUUUGGAGAUGCCUGCGAUAACUGUCCCAACGUCCCUAACAGUGACCAGAAAGACACGGACAGCAACGGACAGGGAGAUGCCUGCGACCAGGACAUCGACGGGGACGGUAUUCCCAACGUCCUGGAUAAUUGUCCCAAAGUCCCGAACCCCAUGCAGACAGACAGAGACAAAGAUGGAGUGGGAGACGCCUGUGACAGCUGUCCUGAACUCAGUAACCCUAUGCAGACGGACAUUGACAACGACCUGGUGGGAGACGUUUGUGACACGAACCAGGACACGGACGGAGACGGUCACCAGGACAGCAGGGACAAUUGUCCAGACAUCCCCAACAGCUCCCAGCUGGACUCCGAUAACGAUGGCCUCGGAGAUGACUGUGAUCACGACGACGACAACGAUGGUAUUCUUGACGACUACGACAACUGUCGGCUCAUCGUGAACCCCAACCAGAAGGACUCAGACGUGAACGGUGUUGGAGACGUCUGUGAGAACGACUUCGAUAACGAUGCAGUGAUGGAUUUGAACGACGUGUGUCCAGAGAGCGCUGAGGUCACUCUGACGGACUUCAGAGCCUAUCAGACGGUCAUCCUGGACCCAGAGGGCGACGCCCAGAUCGAUCCCAACUGGGUGGUCCUUAACCAGGGCAUGGAGAUAGUCCAGACAAUGAACAGCGAUCCUGGUUUGGCAGUGGGCUACACGGCGUUUAAUGGCGUCGACUUCGAGGGGACGUUUCACGUCAACACGAUAACCGAUGACGACUACGCCGGCUUCGUCUUCGGGUACCAGGACUCGUCGAGUUUCUACGUGGUGAUGUGGAAACAGACGGAGCAGACGUACUGGCAGUCGCUCCCCUUCAGGGCCACGGCUCAGCCCGCCCUGCAGCUCAAGGCGGUGAAGUCUCGGACCGGACCGGGCGAGUUCCUGAGGAACGCGCUGUGGCACACUGGAGACACAACCGGAGAGGUGAAGCUGCUCUGGAAGGAUCCACGAAACGUCGGCUGGAAGGACAAAACAUCGUACCGCUGGCAGCUGAGCCACCGGCCGCAGGUGGGAUACAUCAGGGUGAAGCUGUUUGAGGGGACAGACAUGGUGGCCGACUCGGAUGUUGUGGUCGACACCAGCAUGAGAGGAGGCCGACUCGGCGUCUUCUGCUUCUCCCAGGAGAACAUCAUAUGGUCCAACCUGCGCUACAGGUGUAACGACACGGUGCCUGAAGACUUCCAGACUCAUCGCAAGCAAGUCCUGAUGCACAUUCAGGUCUGAGGGCCGCUCACACACACACACACACAGUCUGACAGUGAGUGUGUGUGUGUGGGUGGGUGGGUGAGAGGUGACCACAAGCUCCUGAACGCGUCUCCAUGAACCCUGAACCUCCCACGUGAGACGUUCGUGGUUCACGGCUGUUCACUGACCUUCAGGUUCAUCCUCUGAGGAGCUCAUUUCCAACAUAGCGAACAUCCACGACAGGAGAGCGGAGAGAGCAGGUGGAGGAGCCAUUCAUUAAACUCCAGUCAGUUGAGUCAACCUGAAGAACAAACAGACUCAAGCUAACGUUACAGACAGCAAAACAGUGGAAUGUUCCUUUAUGUGUCUCUGUCUGUUUGCAAAUGCACACGUGUGUGUUGGAAUAAACGCCGUCCACGACUUCCCAA